ACCAACAUUCCUGGAAAGCCAAAAUGAAUAUUGAGAUUCAGAAUGAAUGUGAGCGAUGCUGUCAGAUAGCAAGUGCUGUCUCUUGGUCCGUGUAAAUCAUGCAAACUGUCCCACCACCCCUCCUGUCCCACCACUCCUUUAUUUUAGGCAAGAAGAAAGCGGCAGGCCACUGAAGAGCCUCGGCAUUGGUAGCCUGGAAGUCGACGAGGCGAUUUGCAAAUCUAAGAUAGUACUUCUGUAUGUUUUACGGGCCCUUUGAACAUCCAGGAGAUGGCAGUAGAAAUACAUCGAGGGGGCAUUUGAUCUUUGAACAUGCAGAGCGGAACUCUGACACUGAAGCAGUUUAUUGCAAGAAAAUAGAAGAGGUGAAGAGUCAGAGUCACCGACAGUCAGUUAUCCAGUCAUCAUUGACUCAUCUCUUACCAGUGACCAAAGCAGGAUUUUUUGGCUUUAGACAUGUUGUGUUUUGUCCCACAAACCUGGACCCAGAAAUGUGUUUAAACUUAAACAGUUGAACAGGAUUGCUUCUGAUUACUGAGUACCGGUCAAACGUUUGGACACAACUUGUAUAUAAAAAAGUACGCUUUUUUUUUUACUUGAGAAGAUCAAAUCAGCUCAGCUUUAUAUCUUUCUUUCAAUCAAGCAGCUUUAAAACUGGCAUUACACCUACGUGUUGUUGCUCAGAAGUUUCUCCUGGGGCCCGUAUCUUUGUCUACUCUUUAUAGUAAUAGCGCCUUUAUGAAGGGACACACGUUGCAGUCAGGUUGCCACCAGCCCUCUAUUAGGGCGCUGAUAAGAGGGUGAACUAAAGUGUAAUCUGUGUCAUUGUUGUUCACACAGUUUCAAGCUCAGACAGGAGUGCUGAGUUAUUUGAUACGGACUCAAGUGUUCAGCCCUCAGUAUGCGGCCACUCCUCUUCACCGAGCAGCGCUUGCUUAGUGGGCGAGUCCCUCAUUCCUGUCCAGACUCCACACAGCUCAGGUUUAGUGCAUUUCCACUUAAGUUGGAAAUUCUGAAAGCAAGUUUUCACUCUUUGGAUUUGACAGUUUUUCUCAGGUUCUCACAAUGAAAUGGUGAGCGUCGACGUCCUCCACUGAAGAACAGCAACGACUGGAUCCACGGACAUGGAGGGCAGCGGAGAGAUCAGUGACACAGACAGUGGCAUCAUCCUUCACUCAGGCUCAGACAGUCCAAUGACACACAUGAAGGAUGUUACCACGCACACGCGGGCCAUGAAGCUCAAACACCAAGCUCUCCAGGAACAACUGGAGCUCUGCUUGCUGGAGCUGAAGAAACUCUGCAUACGAGAAGCUGAGUUGACCAGCCGCCUGUCGGAUGAUUACCCACUGCUGCCGGGAGAGAAGCCUCCGCAUAUUCGCAGACGCGUCGGCGCCGCGUUUAAACUGGACGUGCAAAGCUUCCCUCGAGGAGCCGAGGAGUCAGAUCUGAAUUUAGUGGAUGGCGAGUUGGCACUUCAGAUGAAGAUAUACGAGGCAGCGCGCAAGCUCUGCGAGGAGGAUCACCUGAGUAAGGCUGUUAGGAAGAGCCGGCUAAAGCAGUGCAAGAGAGAGGAGAAAAAAGUCAAACGGCUGCAAGAAACUGCUUUCCAGCUCCGACUGGAGCACGGUCGAUCAUCGCCACUCCCUGCUUUCAAUAUUGCUCAACACGAUCUUGGUGCAUCUGAUGACAGCUCUCUGUCUGACUCUAUAGUGCAAGAUGAAGAGGUGACAAGUCAGUCCUCCCAGCUGUCCUCUGGACUCCCUGACGCAGGAGAGAAGGAUCAACCCCAGCCUCCCAUGUCCUCACAAUCCUUCAUUGACAGCCCCUACAUGUCUCCAUCUGUGGCUCCACAGACUCUGCUGCUAACUCCAAGCCAGUCUCCCCAUCCGAGUCCUGACUCUAUGCUGAGUUUAAACUCAAGCCAUGUAUGUGACCUUCCUCCCAUCCAGCACUCCCCGUGGACAGAGACCAGUCUCGACCAACCAUACCAGAAGAGCAGGAAGUCGCGCUCCUCCAGCAAGACAAGUCCUGCCCAAAGUGAAUUGUUGCCACCGUUGGAGGCUUGCUUCGCUUCCCGUCUGCGGCUGGGCCGCUCUCAGUCGAACAGCACGCCUUCCACACCAGAGAUGCGAGUGCACAGACAACUCUCCCUCAGAAUAUCCAACCCUGAAUCUUCAUUGGAAAAAGACCGUGGUCGCAGCAGAGGUGCAAGGAGGCGACUGACGGAAUAUGCCAUAACUUUACCAGAGGCUCUUCCCCCCGCGGUGAACUAUGGAAACCCCGUUAGAGCAGAAGAUAGCAACUCUGAAAACUCGUUUACAUCUUACAACAGCUCGCCGCGGCGGGAGCGGCCCAGCGAUUUGGCCAAACAGUAUCAGUCUGCACAACUGCAUUCUGGUCCCGUCGGCAGCUAUGGACCUCAAGCCUUCGCACGCACCGGCUUUCACCAUAGUCCCAGGCACCAGCCCAGCCCCAGUUUUCCAAAAGCCUAUUACAACGAGGGAAUGGUCUACCAAAAUGAUCUGGACUUGGCACGGAGCUAUUACGCCCAGCAGGCUCCUAGUCCUUCCAGCAGAUAUGAGUAUUACUAUAACGAGGCCGCCGUGCCCCACCAGAGAGCACAGAGACCAUUACCUGCUGAGGUCAGACUCUCCCCCUCCCAGGCUCAAUGGGACCAUCCACACUACCGCCCCAAAGGCCAACAAGUAGUCAAUGAACAGCUUAAGUCAUGGCACCGGCGCAGUCAGCUUAAAUCCCCGAGGUCUCGCUCUCUGGACAGGCAGGGAGCAGUCAGAGUUAAAAACAUGUCCACUCGGGAGGCAACCUUCCACCAAAAUCAGAAUUACCACGAACAGGUUAUCCAAAGAAGGGCUCUUCAGAGAGCUGCAGAUGACCGUCAAGGCCGCUGGGUUGUAGAUGACGGUUCUCACUUUGUAAGUCAACUGUAAACCAAAACAAAAAAACCUGGGACUGCAAACCGAACUCUGGGAACUCAGAAUCUGCAACUGGGUUCAUUUCCAAUUAAGCAAAGUGAAGUUGUCAGAUAAUCAAGUCAAAUUGACUGUUUACCCCCACAAACAUGAAUUGUGUUUACCUGUAUUUCGGCAUAUAGAGGGGGGAUUUUAAAAAAAACGGGGACAUCUUUUAAUAUGAUGCAAUCGAGUACAACAAUAAUUACGGCCACAAAGGUUACUCAAAUAUUGUACAUCUCUCUGACACUCACAGCAAAGCAGUUUUAGUUGGAUUUGAAGUAAAUCUGUACUCUGUAUGUUGUUUAGUAUUAACUGUUACAAGUGAAGCAUUGAUCUGAGUGCUUGCUAGUAAUGUUAUUUUUGGGCGGUUUUAACCUGUGACUGUAAAUCUACUGCCAGCUCUGUGUUACUAUUACAGGGAUUUUUUGAUAUGGGAAGCAAUUAUAAAUGAAACUGCUGUAGUUUAAAAAAAAACUGAAAUAUCCAUCAAAAUUGCACAUUGUAGUUAGAUUGUGAGAAAUGUAAUGGUUUUAAAGUAAGUCAUUGUUGAAGUUAAUAUCAGAUGAAUUAGGAUUUAUUUUAAAAUAGCUACAUGUUAAGCCGUAACAAAAACUGUGUUUGAUGCUUAAUAAUAUAAUAUACACAGCUCCUUUUCACCAGCAGUAUUAGGUACAUACAUUAAUUGUGAGAUAAUGUAAAUGAGUAACCUGCCCUUUUGUCAACUACAUUUUGUGUGUAAUAUUACCAUGAUUGUGUCACUAUGUAAAUGUAAAUUGAAUGUGAAUCCAAGAUCACAGUUUUGUUCUCAUGUAGUUUUGGAGGCCUUUUCGUCUUGUUUUAUACUUGUGUGUCUGCGGCUCUGCCAGUUAACUUGAAUUACUAAUAGACUUAAUCAGCUAGUUGAAACUAGAUAUUAAUUAACUCACACUACAAAGUAGCAGUUUCAACUAAAUAUGAAUCUUGAUGCUUGGCAGCUAUUAAUGUGUUCACUUGAGAUUUCUAUGUCCUGAGCUUUAAAAUAAUUUGUAUCGGUGUUUGUGACUAGGCACCCUUCUUGUUGUUAGAACCAAUACAAUUUCAUCAACGAGGUGAACUUUAUUCAAAACAUUGCCAAUAUGUGAUUUACAAUCAAGUCCCCAAUCAAACAAACUUUUGAUGGUAGAUCAUUUGAGAAUGAGAGCAAAUAACUGCAAUUGCUUGAAUAGCCACAUGCUGACUGGUAACUCAUUGAUCUAUUUAUGCAUUUAUUUAUUGUGAUGUGCACCAUCGGAUCCAUGCAAAGUCAGACCUGGAAUAAGAGAAGAAAUGGACCUGAGUAUAAAAAGACACAGCAGUAAAAACUGGCUGGUGUAUAUAUAAAAGGCCACAAUCAUGUUACCGUAUGUUUAUCUGUUCUACUGUUGUUAUUUAUCAUUUAAAUUAGUUUGAGUGGACUUAACACUUUAUUAUUAUUUUGCUGUUGCUGUGAAAAUGUUAACCCUGUGGAAGAAAAUAAAGAGUAAUUUUGGUA